GCCCCGGCCCGGCGGCCGCUGCGCCGUGACAGGUGGUGGCGGCCAGAGGCGGCCCCGGCCCCGGGGGCAGCGCCCGGCAGAACCGUUCGUCACCCGUUCGGCAGCCGCCCUCCUCGCCCAGCGGCGCACCUGCCCUGCCCGCCCCUACCUUGUUGAGGUGGGGGUCGCGGAGCACGUCGUAGCCCCUCUUCAUGGUGAGCUGCAGGGGCCGGGCGGCGUCCUGCCUCUUCUCGUCUCCCUUCCCUGCUUGCAUGGUGCGGCGCGGCGGGGCUGACUGCCGUCAGGUCGCUGCGGGAGCAGAGGCAAAGUGGCGGCGGCUCCUCCUGCUGAGAUCUUCUCAGUUGUACUGAGGAUAUAUGAAAAGCUCCACUUGAAAUAGUCCUUGGAAAAGAAAGACUAGAAGGAAGAUUGGUGGUGUGAUAUAACCCUAGACAGAAACUAAGCACUAUGCAGCUGCCCACUCGCUUCCUGAGAGGGGGAGAACUCAAAAAAGUUUCAGUUUGUAUGUGAUUUCACAUUUCCCGGGUGCUGGAUCAGAGAUUCUCCUGCGGCCUGUGGUGCAGAUCAUGGUGAGGUAGCUGACUCUCAGUGGAGGUCCACGGUGGAGCAAAUAUCAACAUUGGAAGCAGGUAUCCCAUGGAGCAUCUCACCCUGGAGCAGAGGGAUGCCUGAAGGAGGCUGUGACCCCGUGGGAAGCCUGUGCUGGAGCAGGCUCCUGGCAGGACCUGUGGCCUCAUGGAGAAAGGAACCCACCCUGAAAGAGGUUUGCUAGCCCCAUAAGGGGACCCAGUCUGGGACAGUGUGUCCCUUAAAGGCUGAACCUUGUGAAAGGGACCCACACUGAAGCACUUUAUGAAGAACUGCAGCCUGUGGGGAGGAUCCCUGUUGGAGAUGUUCAUGAGGGACUGUCUCCUGUGGGAGGCACCCCAUGCUGGAGCAGGGAAAGGGUGUGAGGAGUCCUCCCCUGAGGAGGAAGGACUGGCAGAAAAAUGUGACGAACUGUCUGAAACUCUCAUUCCCUGUCCCCGUGUUCUGCUGGAGAAAAAAAUAAAAUAAAAUGGAGCACAUGUUACUGCUACUCAUAAUUUUCAUACCUAUAUUGAGUCUCAGUAAUGGAACAGAAACUGAACAAGAUUUUACUUGGCACUUAAAGAAGAUUCCCCAGAUUGUGAGAGAAAGAACUUUCUCCCUUGACAGCCCUAAAUUUGAAGCAAAAACCCAAUUAGAGCUGAACAGUGUAUGUGGAAUUGAAUGUCAAAGAAAACUGCCAGUGCCAAGUUUGUCUGACUUGAAGAGCCUCUUAUCCUAUGAGACUGUUUUUGAAAAUGGCACACGGACCCUGACUGAAGUGAAUGUCCUCGGAGCAGUGCCUGACCCAGCUGCAAACACAACCACACAGAGGCCUUUGAGGAAGAAGAGGCAGAUAUAUGGGACAGACAGCAGGUUCAGCAUCUAUGACAAGAGGUUUAUGACCAACUUUCCAUUCAACACAGCUGUGAAGAUCUCCACGGGCUGCAGCGGCAUUCUCGUUUCCCCCAAGCACGUGCUCACAGCAGCCCACUGCCUGCACAAUGGCAAGGAUUAUGUCAAGGGCAGCAAAAGAUUGAGGGUGGGCCUGAUGAAGACGAAAUCCAGAGGCAACGGCAGGAAACGCAAAGGUGCUAAAAGAAGUAGGAGAGAAAUUUCUGCGGCCAAAGAGGAUCCCAAAGCCGCCACAGAAUUAAGGCGACCAUCCAAAGGCGAUGGGAGAAAGCAGAGGGGAUCUGGGAGGAAGCAAGGGACCUCAGAUGGCAUGCCCUCCUUCCAGUGGACCCGGGUGAAGAGCACACACAUCCCAAAAGGCUGGUUUAAGGGUGUCUCUGGGGAUAUUGCCCUGGAUUAUGAUUAUGCUGUUCUUGAGCUCAAGCGUCCCCACAAAAGGAAGUACAUGGAGCUGGGAAUCAGCCCAACAAUCAAAAUGAUGCCUGGGAGCAUGAUCCACUUCUCAGGUUUUGACAAUGAUCGAUCUGGGCAGCUGGUCUAUAGAUUUUGUAGCAUUUCUGAUGAGUCCAAUGACCUGUUUUAUCAGUACUGUGAUGCUGAGCCUGGCUCCACAGGAUCUGGCAUCUAUCUCCGUCUGAAGGAGCCAAACAAAAAGAAGUGGAAACGCAAGAUCAUUGCUGUUUACUCAGGCCAUCAGUGGGUGGACAUCAAUGGCGAACAGCAGGAUUACAAUGUAGCAGUACGAAUUACUCCUCUCAAAUAUGCCCAGAUUUGCUUCUGGAUACAUGGGAAUGAUGAGAAUUGCACACGAGGCUGAAGAGAGCUGAGCCUCAGUUCUGCUUAGCACCCUCACUGCCAUAGAGUGAAAGGCGGCCGCAACAGUGACUGGAAGAACAUCACUCCACGCCAGAACGUUCUUGAACUCAAAGCUCGCAAGUAGUGCUAUGGUGACUUAAGGAAUGCUGAAUUUCUAGGGAAGGGGUAGAAUUGUCAGACAAAAUAUUUCUAAUUGUAAUCAACCUAGAUACACACUUAAAAUCCUAAACUAUAUUUAUGUUUGCAAUUGUGAUAUAUUCAAGUCAUUCGUGAGGAAAAAAAUGGCAGCACUUGUUUGUCAUUUUUUUCCCCAGAGGAAGUGUUGAAAUAUCUCAAACUGGUGUUAUUAAAAAUAUCUAUUUUUUUCCAAUGAAUUUACUUUUCUCAGGGUUCUGUUCCAAUUCUUCAAAUGCAAGUUGUGCAUAUAGCAUGUCCCUGUAUGUGCAGAAUGAAGUGCAUGAGAACAAGACAUUAUUCUGGCAUUCUCUAAAGACCACAGGUCCAUGCUGAGAAGCAGCACUAUAGUUGAUGAUGGUUAGUUUGGAAAACUUCCUCUUCUGGUUGCUGCAGGAACACUCCCAUGGAAAUUCCAAAUUUAUGUAGCUGAGGGUUACACCUUAAAGAAAAAUUCACUCCAUUGCUCAGUAAAAACAGCGAAAGAGAAACUAACAAAAAAAUUUCCAUGUUUGGAAGAAGAAGACACAUUUAGACAUAUUUAAUGCCUUUAAAUGUUCUUAGAGAAGCUAUAGAAAUCUUAAACACAUGCAUUUGCCUUCCAAUUAAUAUUUGGAGAGCUGUAGGUUUAGUUUCUAGUCAAAUGUUUAGCUUUACCACUGGGAGAAGUCACUGACUCCUGAAGUGGCUACUUGACAAUCAUUUGGAGCUUCACAGGUGAUAUAUUUUCUGGGUGCUAAACAUUUCUUCAGUUUUUAUAAAUUACUUUUAUAGAAGUUCAGCUUCAUAGAUAGGAUAGUAUGUAUUAGACUGGGAGUUGGAAAUCGAUAUUUUAGUUUGGCUUUAUACAGUUUUGCAAAGUGUGUGGUUUUAAUCAUGUUAUAUUCAGACGCCACCUCAACAUGAUUCACAGGGUUAACUAAAAAUUUCUCCCAACUAAAUUAUAGCACCUUCUGAAUGGUAGAACUAUCCUGUGCUUUAUAAAAGGUAUCUUGUUAGAUAGCAGCAGUAGUUAGCAAAUAAUUUGGUUCAAUAUGUUUGCAGAACCAUGUAUUUAAUGAAGACACGAACUGAGCUUGACUUUUAUACACCUUUAAACACAAACCACCUUCUUAAAAACUGUUGUUGAUUGUUAUAUAAGUCUAUAUCUUUUAUUUUAUGUCAAGAUUUUGAAGUACACAGAAUUCUUAUGGUGCUACAUUAAUCUAAUAAUAUAAAAAGAUACUGUGCCUUUCUGAUCAUAUCCUUUGGGCUUCAAUACUUUCAGAGUACUCACUACUGUAUUAUUUAAUUUUUUUACCAUAAAUUUAUGCUGACCAAAAUACAUUUUCUUCCUGUGCAGGAGAAAAAAAAAUACAAGAUUUUAAAAAUUUUUUUUUUUAAUCUUUAAAAGAUGCUUUUGAUGAAAUAACAUGAUUUUAAAUGACCCUAUUUUUUUGGUAUAUGGUUGAAAGUAUAUAACCUGACACACUGAAUGUGCAGGCAACUUUGUCCUAUUAUUGCCAAAGCAUAAAAAUUUAAGACUUGCUUCCAUAUCAUAACCCUAACAAUAUUCCAUUCAUUGGAAGACAUCUCACUUUAAAGGAAACUAUUCCUUUCAAUGCCAAUCUUUCCAGGGAACACUCAGCUUUUCUUCCUUUAUUAUGUUUUAAUUUUAUUUUGUGUGAUUGUUUGCAGAAAACUAAUAAUAAUUUUUAAAGUUUAGAAAUAAAUCUCUAAGAUUUUAGGAUUAAUUAUUUUUUAUUGUUGUUAACAUCUCUAUUAACAUAUGUGGCUUUGCUGACAGUAAUUUUAAAUCACCUCAGUCCAGUAUUUAAUAUUCUUGCCCUACGCAACAGAUUUAUAGUAUCCUUUAGUCAGGCCUGCAAUGUUUUUGUUAAGUGCCUUUUUCCAUAGUUACUGUGACAAAUAAGGUACCACAUCAUUAAUCUAAUACAAGACAACCCAAGUUCAUGGAUUUUUUUACAAUUAUUGUCAUUGUUGAUUUGGGUCCAAAACUGAUCAAGAUAAGGGGGCUUAGUAAAUUCCUUGUUUUAUUGAGUCUUAUUUAGGUGUGCUCCUCCUCAGAAGAAAUAAAAUCUAUAUCUUUAUCACUUUGGGAAUUGGGAGCAAGGCAAGAAUGAAAAAUGUUUGAUGUCAGCUUCCAAAUGGUCUUGUUAUAAUAAUCAUCUGUUGUAAAUAUCUCAACUGCAACCUGAGGUUUCCACAGCAGGUUGAUAAAAACUCUUUCUUUUCAGAGAAUAAGUACUAGAUGCUCAUUCUGUAGUACUAAAAGAUUAAAGAGGUUGGCCAGAACAACAUAAAAAUUCAUUUCAAACAAACAACCAAACAAACAAACCUCUGUGUCUCAGCGCCCAUGCACAAACACAUGUAAAUACACAGGCUUGGAGACCAUGAUUGUUUUGACUGAGUUUUGGCACCUUCAGGCCAGGGAAUACAUGUAGAAGAAGACACAGACAAAAUGCUUUUCCUGUUGUCUCAGCAUGGUGGGUAACAUUUUGGUCUUCCACUUGGUCAAUAGAGAAAUCCAUGCUUUAUGUAGGCAUUGUGACUACCUACUACAGGGACUUCAGUUCAUGAAUCAAGUACUUACACACAAUCCCAGGAAUUCAAUGUCCUGCAUAGACAUUUUGGUACCCACCACUGCAAAUGGGACAAAAAUUGUUGAGCCAUCUCAGAUUUUCUUAAAAACAUGCAGUUACUAUCCAGUUACCAAUGAGAAAAUAUGAGGAGGAAAAUAUGAUCCCAGUAGAUAACAUCUUGCUGUUGUCUAGGACACCAGCAGCAAGGCUGCGUUUCCAGCCCUUCUGAUGUUUUCCUAAAGGAUUUUUCCUCUCUCAGUUACCAGGCUGUACAUAAUUUGUUUUUCAUCACUACCAAUUCUUUUCCAUAAGUGUUUGUAUAGUAUAUGUUUUUAUUUGACUGUAUUCCUGGCUUUAGGAAAAAACAAUUUCAGUCAAAUCUCUUUUCUCCUAGAGGGCUACUGGAAUUUAUAAAGUCAACAAGUUUUUUUCAGGGCCAAAGGUAAACCUCAUAUGCAAGCCAUUAACACACCCAGACCAGCUUCUACAACGUAUUUGUGCAUGUGUUUAAUCUGAGGCUCUGAGACACACAGUGGAAGUCAAGGGGUGAAAAAUUAAGUCAAAGUUAUCUGCAGUGUGAAAAAUUAAGUCAAAGUUCGUAUUAACAAAAAAAAAGCACAACAUUAUGUAGGGAAAUUAUUUCUGUUAUAUGAGGUAUAGAGUACCCAAUAAUUGCUUAAAGAAACUCCUUGACUUCUUAAGAUUUGCCAUCUUAAUUUUGCAGAUUUAUGUGUCUAUAUGGAGUAUGAAUCAGCAUGAAUAUGGCUUAAAUAAAAAAAGACCUCAUCCACAUGUGGAGGAGAGAAGCAGCUGGGGAGUUCUUUCUAUUCUGCUGAUAAGGGAUGACCUGGCAGCAAAUAGCAAAUAAAAGAGAAAGAAAGAAGGAGUAGAUGGUAUGAAAGGGCAGGAAGAUGGAGAUGGUAUGCAAGGGAUAAAGAAAGUGUGCAAAGUAACAGAUGAAAUGGCUGCAAGGUAGCAGAGGCAUCUAUUGUGAGAAAGAGUAGGCAGAUGGUAGACACUUCAUAAUAUUAAUUAAGAUGUGAAAUUCACAAGUUUCAUGACAAUUUUUCACUGUUAAAGAUGAGGCUUUUCUUUCCAGCCAACAGCAACAAGGAAAGGGCUGUGAGAGGACUCAGGCUGUGGCAGGGCCUGCUAGCAGGCAGGGGUUUAAUCCUGACCUACAAUCCAUGCCUGAAUUUGCAGGGAUUAUGCUUCUGUUAAUUCAGGGUCCUUGGAAAGCAGCAAUCUGUGUUCUGACCAAAAGGCUUAGCAGUAUGAACCUCCCAGUACACUGGAUCACCAAGAAUGUAGUGAGCAAAGGGAGUUUCCCAAACCUGGCCAUUUUUUUUUUUAGGAUUCCUGUAAAGGCUGUUUUCCAUUGGGAAAAAAAAAUAAGCAAAAAAUCUCAGACUUAAGACAUUUAAAUGUUGGCUCCAUUUUUUUGCAUGCAUCUAGAAAUUCUAGGCAAUAGAUUUUUUUCAAGUGUCUUCUGUUUGUGUUUGGCAUCCAUAGAAAUUUAAUCAACUGCUUCCAAUUUUAAAGCACAGAUUAUUGCAGAUAGUUCCAUCUAUAAAUUCCUGGAUUAAAGAAUGACUGGGGCAAAAAAAGAAUGUUAUUAAAUUGAAAGCUUAAAAUUUCACUCUAAUCCCAAAGGAUUUGGAAGUAUAUUUUGGUCCCCUUUGCACCAGUCUUUUGCUCCAAGUGUCAGAGCAUUUAGAUUAAAAACAUCCAGAAGUAGCUUUGAGGACUCUUUCAGGUUCUUUGCUUUUUUAAGACUGACAGAAAACUUUAGAAUAUUUUUAACUGUGCAAAAUGACAAGCCGUUUGAGAAAAUAAAUGCAAACCUUUGCUCUGUUAAGAUAUUGUAUGAUGCACUUAUUCUGUCAAUAAAUAUUUUCUGUUGUUUUUCUUUUCCUCUGUCAUGAUGUAGUUUGUUAGCCAUGGUUGUGUUACACAAACUUCAUUCUCUAAGUGCCUGUAAUGAUUUUUCAGUGAAUCAUCUGGGACUUGGUCUUACAAGAUAUUAAUGUCUCUUUAAACUUGUUCUGGGGAAAAAACACCUCCCUGUCUUCAAGAUAAUUACUCCAUGAGCAAAUUUGAUGAGUAAAAAAAUUUAGUUCAGCAAGGAAAUGACUCAUAGUCUAUGCCGCAAGUUAUUAAUUCUAAAAUAAGUAAUUAGUUCUGUUUCUGCUAUUUGCUAUAGUUGCACUUUCUGCCUUGGAGAGCUGUUGAACAAGGCCAAAUUAGAAGUAUGUAAAAUAUGAUCAUCUUGGUUCUUAGAAUUAUCUUAACUCUGUGCCCUUGA